GAAAGGUGCGCGCUCCUCUCGAACAGCCAGGCCACGAGCGACUCAUUGAAUCCAGGUCGUGAGAGUGAGGAGUUCUACGUCAGAAACAGCGAAUAAUAGCAGUGAGACCGCACUAUCAAACACGACUGAAUUAUGCAUUUAAUUUCGCACGUGUGAAUUACGUGGAAAGUGUAUGGAUGGACAUUGUUAAAAAUAAUCAUCAUACCCAGGUUGAACGAUUACUAUUAUUGACUUGUAACGAAAGCGAAAGACUUCUUUCUUUAUGCAACAUUACGGAAAAUUAGUGACAACCGCGUACACACAAAAUUUAUAUAGUGUGACUGAAGCUGUGUAUAAGUCGAUAUUAUUGUGUGCUCUUAUUUUCAACUAAAGCUUCCGUGACAUCUGUGGUUUAUGCUUCAGACUUUCAGAAAAUCUAAUCUAAUCAGGCAUUUUCUAUACUCUUGGAGUUUCCAUGGAUCUCGUUACAAAGUGCGACUUUUUCUCUGGAUGGUGAUAUGAUUCAUGUAUUACAACUAACACGUUAUAAAGAGCACUGAUGUGAUUAUCCUGGUCUGAAAAUUCAAAGGAAUAAUGAGAAAAUCUUGGUAUAGCUAGCAUUCCGACAGCCGCUCACCCUCCGUAAAACUAUUACUGUAAAAAGUAACUGGCACAAGUCCCUCCCCGGGGACUGGCGUGAGACUGUGCUAUUGUUCCACUCGUGAGAAACGCACGUAGCGGAAUUGCUAGCACGACUUCCCAUACACUCGGAGACGAUUCGGAGGGCUCGGCUCCCAGCGCCAAGGGACGGGGCCCGCGAAAGGCUGGAAGUUUUCAGCUUCGUGUGAACUGUGCCUGGUUCCUCACGGCCGGAAGUUCCUUUUUUGCUGGUGGAAAACGUGUCGAUGAAGAGGCCAAAAGUGAGAUCAUUUGAUGUUUAAACUGAUGUGAAAUCCAGUGGGAACUUGAUUGUAAUCUGCAGAAUAGGUGUGCUCUUUGUUCACCUACAUAUUUGUUCUGUGUAGACAGUGUGUGUGCACAUGAGUCAUUGUAGGCGCAGCCGUGUGUAGAAACAUAGUGAUGCCGGAAUUUCUAUUCACGUGACGGAGUGUACCAGAGUGAUGGCGUCGGUGUGCAAAAGUAGUGUAGUGUUGCUGCUGGUGGCACUGCUCCUGAUUGCAGCGGCAACAGUUGUCUCGUCGUGCCCCCCUGUCUGUACUUGCAAAUGGAAGAAUGGCAAACAGGCCGUGGAAUGCAAAAACCAGGGCUUGGCAAGCCUUCCCGCCGAUGUGCACACCGAUACACAGGUUCUGGACAUGUCGGGAAACAAUCUGCACACCCUUCCGAAGAGUGUGUUUUCGUGGGCGAGUCUCAUUAACCUGCAGAAAAUCUAUCUACGAGACUGCAAAAUCAGUUUCGUGGAGCCUACAGCGUUGUUGCAGCUGACGAAUCUGGUUGAGCUGGACCUAAGCGAAAAUUUGCUGACGGAAGUACCUGCACUCGCCUUCUCACACACGCCAGCCCUCAGAGAACUACAUCUUAGGGGCAACAGAAUUCAUAAAAUUUUCAGGGACAGUUUCUCACACACCCCUUCUCUCGUCCGCCUUGAUCUAAGUUAUGCUGGGGUAAGAAACAUUGCAGCUUCAGCCUUUGACUCUUUAUCACUCCUGGAGAAGUUAAAGCUCCAAGGAAACCAGCUGUCAGAGCUUGCGCCGGAAACUGUGAAGAGUCUAGAACGUCUGCACGGAAUCGAAUUACACGGUAAUCCCUGGAUGUGUGACUGUCGGGCCCUUCCGCUCUGGCGACUCCUGGAGGAACACGACGUGCCCCAUCCCGUCUCGCCAUCGUGUCACGCUCCUAGCAGAGUUGCGAGCAACACCUUCCACAGUCUGAGUGAGGAAGACUUUGCCUGCCCUCCACAGAUGCUGCCAGUUAGCCGCCGUGUCGAGGGAGUUGCAGGGGAAAACGCAUCUGUUGCCUGUCGAGUUGGGGGUCAGCCUCCACCUCAAGUGGUGUGGUAUAAAGGUGAAGCUCCUGUGGUGAAUGGGUCUGUGGUAGGACUUGGACCGCAGCGACUCUACAUCAUAACGGAAGGCAAUAGAGAUGUAGUUAGCCGUCUGGUGAUAACGGGGGCACAAGAGACAGACUCCGGAACACUGCGAUGUGUUGCUAUAAAUUCUGCAGGUUCUGCAACGGCAAACUUCACUUUAGCAGUGACCAUGAGAGCAGCUGCCCAGGCUAAGCUUGACUCAGGUCACAUAGCUGGAAUAUCUGUAGGGCUGGUGGUGUUAGCGUUGGUUGUGCUUGUAGUAGGAUUUUUGUUCCUUGCCCGGACUAGGUCACACCCUUCCCCUACACCUGUAAAGGAAUCCCCAACCACACCAACGUCAGGCGGCACAUCACCCAAUGAACCCAACCCUAUUCAGAAGCCACCUCGCCUAACAGACCUGAAAGGCUCCCCGGGAACGUAUGGCUCGCCCGCACUGGGCAAUCCCGAUGUUAUCAGCGAAGCGGAGAGAGCUGUUCGUGCUGUUAAUGGUCACCUGCCCAAUGGGUCCGUCCAAAACGUCACGGGGACAGGUGAUUACACCCGCGUCGAAGGAGACUCAUUAUACCCGAGUGGUCUGUGGCCUGAGGAUUCUGCCCACGACGGUGUCGAGGGCACUGAGAGGUCUAGUGUGAUUCACGAACACUUCAACCCUGGCUACAUGGUCAACGAUCUCGGUAGCGAAGGAUAUGGACCUGUGCAUUCUACACCGUACCGACCCGGAUAUGAUACUCAGGAGGAAUUUGAUCCACAGAUUUAUGGAUAUCCAGCAGACUAUGGUCUUCCUAUUCCUGAAGCUGGUUCCCGGACCCUCCACCCCUUCCAGGAUUCCAUGGUAGAUCUGCGAGGAUCACGGGACGACAUCUCCUCCAGAGCAGACAUUUACUCCUCCAGACAAAAUACAUACAUCACCAGACCAGACAUUUUUGAAUCUCAGCAAGACCUUUACAGCACGGGCCACGAUGCCAAAGACACACAAGACCUUUAUGGCAGAACAGGUCGCCCUCCCGUCUACGGGUAUCGUCAGGAAAUCUACGGGCCUCGCGAGGACGUGGCCGAAGGUGCAGAGAGCCCCACGAACGCAUCAGGCCCUCCAGGAGAGCGGCCUUGGGUUCCGGGGUCCCAGGCUCCCGCUCAUGCUCGCGGGGGCGUCGCCGUGCUGCCCCCUCUCCCCAAUGGCAUCGCCAACCGCAUCAAGUCCCGGGACUCGCCAGACGAAGGCUACCAGGAGGGCACCGAGGUUUAGCGGGGCUGCAGGGGUCGCCGCCGCGGCGGUCCCUGCUUCCUCCCCCCCACCCCCACCCAUUCACGCCUCUUGCCGCCCAUGCCCGACUGUCGCCGCUUCUCAGCCAAUCAUUCACAGACAUCACCGUGAAUUGCAACAUAGAACAUAUGAACUGAAAGACUCUAGAAUUGUGAAAUAUAUCAAUGAUAUUUUUGAGAGAAGGAAGCCGUUUCUACUGCUGAUAAGUGCUAUUGUGAAAGUUUUGAGACCAAUUAUGAUGUGUGAUGUGCCUCAUAUCACACCUUAAUCACAGUUCUUGUCUCUGUGUUGUCCCCAAUGAAAGAUAGUUUCAGUGUUCACGCGAUAUUAUUUUUUUAUUUAGUUUAUGGGACGAUCAAGUAACCGCUCAGAGAAUAGACUUAUAGUAAAUCUUUCGGGAUGGUAACCAAAUUCUCUCUGAGGGAAGGUUUAUGAACACACGCACACACGCACACACACACACACACACACACACACACACACACACACACACACACACACACACACACACACACACACACACACACACACACACACACACAGCAACCUAUAAUCACACACACACCUAUACACAAACACACCUAUACACACACACACACCUACGCCUACACACACCUACACCUACACCUACACGCACACACCUACACCUACACACACACACCUACACCUACACACACACACCUACACCUACACCUACACACACACACCUACACCUACACACACGCACACCUACACACACGCACACCUACACACACACACACCUACACACACGCACACCUACAUACACGCACACCUACACACACGCACACUUACACACACGCACACCUACACACACACACACCUACACACACACACACCAAUACACACACAUACCUAUACACACAUACACAUCUACACACACACACACACACCUACACAGACACCUACACACAGACACCUACACCUACACACACACACCUACACCUACUCACACCUACAAACACACACACACACACGAACACACACACACACACGAACACACACACACACACACACACACACACACACACACACACACACACACACACACACACACACACACACACAUAUAUAUACUAUGUGAUAGAACACUUAUAUUCUGUAAUGAGAACCAUAGAUGAUGUGCCGGAACAGAGCGUUCUCACCUGGCGGUGACCUGCAGGCAGGUGUGAGGCCUGCACAAAGGGGCAGGGAAUGAAUGGAAAGCCCUCGCCAUCUCUUCAAACAGUAAUAAGGGACCCCUUUCUCCUAACCCCAAUGUGUCAUUUUAGUGAUAAUACUAUCAUGUUUUAUAUCUGAAACGCGGCAUAUCUUUAACCAUGUCUCAGACUCAUUAGAAGUGUGUUCACUUCUUAAUCAAUUUGUACAGAAGUCUGUAAGUUGUACAUAUUGUGUAAUAUCUAUAUUAUUUAAGAUAACGGCAUUACACCAAAGAUCUUCAUACAUACCUGCGACCUCUUGGCUCCUUAAGUAACACCAACAUAUUACUGUAGAAAUUAAAGCUUUCGAGUCUACACAACAUAACGUAUCGCAGGUGAUCAUGAAUAUGUAAUAUGUAAUAGUGUGCGUAAUUGGAGACAGCCUAGCUGGUGCGUUACUUGGUAAUGUACAAAGGGGCAAACCUCGCCAGGUCUACCAAUAGCCAACUCUGGAAUUGCACUGAGUGAACCAAAAAUAUAUAAUUUUCAGAUGAACUGCCUGAAGAUUAAUGCUCGUGAUGUACCAUUGCACACCCAGCACGCCAUAACUAUGUUGCAGGAGAAAUGUACAGUGAAAAACCUCAUUACUGUCUCUGGCGUGUCGUGAUGGUCGCGUCGGUCGUGGUGUUGGCUGCUUGAUUGUGGUAUCAGUGUGUGAUGUUCGAGAGUUGGGUAAUCUGUUAAUCAUGUAUAGUAAACGUUGUUUAUUUUUAAUAUCAUCACAAAGUAUGAUUAAUGAUAAAAUAUGGAUAAUAAUUGUCCCCAAAAAGGCUCAUACUCAUUAUAGUCAGUAUUUAUUUUUAUAAACCCAUCUUUAGGAUAAAGUAAGUACUUUAUGGAGGUGAAUUAAUUGUUUUAGUAAAAUAUCAGGUGGAAUAUAUAGAUACAACCAGUAGAGUACUAACUUUGACCUAAGCCAAAGAUUUUACGUGAUGACAUAUUUUAUGUACGGCAAUGUUAUCAGCGACACUAUACCCAAAGUUAUGUAAAGCUUUAAUUACUCGCCACCGACCAGUUUGUUGUUUGAUGGCGCUGUGAAGGCCACGCAGACAACAUUUGUAACGUUAGAUUUUUAAAUUUUAAAAUGAUUUUAUUUUCCUAACAAGCAUGGAGAUAACUGAUAUCUCUUCUAGUCUGGUAUCUGCCCAUGAACCCAAUCAGAAUAAACAUUUUUUUAU